CACGUCCACAUUUACUAAAGUUGCCUGAAGUUUCAAAAAUAAAAAUAUAUUCUGUCCCUUGCACGCUUUAACAUGCAACAUUUACUAACUAAAGUUGCUUGAAGUUUCAAAAAUGGACUCAUGAAGUGAUCCAGAAUGAUCUCGGAAUUUAAGAAGAGUCGCCAGUCGGACCAGUGGUACAUUAGUUUGAUUGACGCAACAUGACUGUUAUCACCUUCUGGGUCUAUAAUAUGUUGCGGAUCAAUAUGACGAGAUAUAUCAUUCACAGGCUGUGUCUGUCAUACUGGAAAACGUGUACAGUAAAAAGGGGUGAACUAUUGAACAUCAUAAGUGAUUGACGUUAACAAGAAACGAAGUGGUAACAGGAAUUAGUGUCUUCCGAGAGACAGUUAGUGAGCUAUCGCAGACAUUCUCAUACUCUCGGAUGUGUUUUAUGAAUUUGAUUUUUUAAUGGAUAAAAGAAAAGCUACAGAUGAAUUUAAAUCUCUUUGGGCAUAAAAGAUUGCCCGACAGAGCAGAUAUUAUGGGAGUUGUGAAAAAAAUGGGGUAUUGUCGAAAAGAAUGUAAUUAAAUCGAGAAAUCGAAUUUGGUAGAAAAUAAAUUGACAAACUCGUUGACAAGUCCUCUGGAAUUUGAAGGAUGUAACAUUUACCAUUCAAACGAAAUUUGAACUAAAUAAACAGCGGAGAUUACUUUAGAAAAUGGAAAGUGGCGUAUUUGUCAGUAUCUAUAUUGCACUUUAUCUUUCAAGUGCGGUACGUGCUGAAAUUCAGUUAAGAGGUGCCGGUGCUAGUUUCCCCGACCCGGUUUACAAAAGUUGGAUUCCGUCAUAUAAAGCAUACAGACAACAACAUAUCUCACUGAACCUGAAUUAUGACCCUGUGGGAAGUGGUACGGGUAAAAAGAGAAUUAUUGCAAAUGUGGAUAUAGAGUAUGCUGGAAGUGAUUCCCGACUGUCGGCAUCUGAUUCACAACAAGAUCCGGAUCUGGUUAUGUUUCCUACAAUGGCUGGAGCUGUGGUGAUUGCGUACAAUGUUCCUGGUUGCAGUCCACGGUUAAAUCUGACAAGAUAUCAAAUAGUUGGAAUCUUUAAUGGUACCGUUAGAAACUGGAACGAUACAAGUUUUAUAGAUAAAAACCCCAAUUGUGUGAUGCCUAAUGCAACAAUCAAGGUGAUAGCAAGGGCAGAUAAGUCAGGCACAACGGAAAUAUUCACAGAAGGUUUGGCUGCCUUUAGUGAAGCAUGGAAUAAUACCUACGGCACUUUUGCAGAGGGUAUUGAUACGGCAACUGAUCUACCCGAGAAAUGGAAGGCAGAUGCUAUUUUUAUGUAUGGCAAUAAAAAUGGCGGCAUGUCCGGUCUUAUAUCGUCUAUUAAAUAUUCUGUUGGUUAUUUAUCCGUGGCAGAAGCGGAUGCUCAGAAAAUUAAAUACGCCGUGGUUGAGAAUAGACGGGGAAAAUAUGUAUCUCCAACAAGCAGUGCUGUACAAGGCGCCAUGGAUUAUGCAGCGGAAGUGACGCAUACGCUUAUGACUAGCUUAGCGGAUGGUGAUAAUGACGACGCUUAUCCUAUGGCCGGAUACACUUAUUUCAUAGUACAUUUGACCACUAUGGAUAGCUGUGAAUCUGCUCGGGAACUCGUGCGUUAUAUUGAAUGGUUUAAUACGGAAAAAAUGGCUCGAAAAACUUGUGAGGAUAGUAAAAUGGCACCCUUAUCCCAAAAGAUAAUUGAUCGCGUCACAGAUCAAGUUUUAAAGAAAAUGACGUGUCAUGGUCAAAAUGUUUGGGCCUUGAUGGAAGCCAACAAACAGGAUGAAAUUGAAGUUGAUAAUACGUGGAUUAUCCCCGUGGCUGUAUGUGUGCCUUUGUUUCUUAUUCUCAUAUUUGGCCUUUUAGGAUACAUUCUACUUCAGAAAUACAGAUUAAAUAAAAUGAUUGAUAAUAAUGAAUGGGACAUUCCUAUUGAAGAUAUCGUGUUUUAUUUCGACGACAAAGCCACCUCUAGUGGAAAAUCUAAACUACUUGGCAUGAGGUCCAUAAAAUCUUUAAAAUCCAUUGAAGACAUCCCAGAAGGGUCUGAAAUUUUGUUUCAGAUACUUCAAUGGCCGGGGAAGCUACACGGGAACACGAUUGGAAUUCGGUUGCUGGAGGUCAAGGAAUUAAAAAUGAUUAAUAGAGCUAUGAAGAGAGACAUGUUGUGGCUGCGUGACAAGGUGAUGCAUGUGAACGUGGUCAGGUUUUUUGGUUUAAGUGAGUUGGAUGGCGAACGAUAUGUAAUUGGGGAAUAUUGUGGUAAAGGUCCCAUGACAGACAUCCUUCAAGAUGCUAAAUAUACCUUAAAUAACGAUUUUAAAUUCUCAUUGGCCUUUGAUAUAGCAAUUGGUAUGGCGUUUCUUCAUGGGCUAGGUAUUGUUCACGGUCAUCUGACUUCAACCCAUUGCUUUGUAGACUCUCGAUGGACGGUUAAAAUAGGGGACUGGGAAUAUAUCAGACUCUUACAACAUGUUAAAAGCAAUAAGAACCCUUUCAUUUACAUCCAUAAGGACGCUAAUGAUAUCGGCAAACAAGAAGCAGCGUUUCGUGACUUUUGGGUAGCACCCGAAGUUCUCCGUUCUGACCUGGAGCUGCCUUGUGCGCCUAGUGGCGAUGUAUACAGUUUCGCAAUCAUUUUACAAGAAAUAUUCACGCGGGAGGAUCCGUAUGCGGAACACGCAGGUUUGAUAAUGCCGGAUCAGGUUAUCAAAGCCAUCCUCAAUAAUAAUCUAAGACCGCAACCAUCUGAUGAUACGCCUAUUAGAGUUAGACAAAUCAUGGAAAUAGCGUGGUCCGAAACAGCCACGUCACGUCCAAGUUUUGAGCAAAUGAACAAAAUGAUGCGGCAAUGUCGGACGACAAGAAAGUCUGUCUUGGACAGUAUGAUGGAAGCCAUGGAGGAUUACACGACACAUUUAGAGUCGCGAAUUGAAGAAAGGACUUCGGAAUUAUUUGUGGCGAAAUCUAACAUUCAACAUAUGCUAAAAGAUGCGAUUCCGCCACAUCUUGUGAAUAAGUUGUCAAACGGUGAAACCAUAGAAACGCGGAUACAUUCCAUGUUAGGGGUGGUGCUAGUUGAGAUUGUGAAUAUGAAAGACUUGGUGGAGACGUCAUCCGCCCAGGAUAUAAUAGUGUAUCUUAAUGAUACCCACAGUGAACUGGAGAAGAUCUUUAAUCGUUACGACGCAUAUCGUACAAAUUUACAAGGUGAUACGUUCACCGUGACAGUUGGCUUAAACCACGAGAUUAAAAACGAUUUGAAACGUGCCGAAGAGAUUCCCCAUCUUUGUUUAGACUUACUAAAUACCCAAAACAAAGUUCCUCACCCUUCUAAUCUAGAUAGACCAUUUGAAUUUAAAAUAGCUGCUCAUGCUGGUAGUGUAGUAACGGGGGUUUUGGGCACAGCAGCUCCUAAAUUUGUGGCUUUAGGUGAGACCGUGGAGAUGGUAAAACAUGUGAUAAAGUUAUCUGAACCCCAAAAGUGCCUGAUUACAAACACUGUUUAUUCUCUGAUUGAAAAAAGUUCAACUUUUGAUGUAGAAGAAGCCAAUAAUAUGUCUUUCCAGGAUCAGAUAUUGGAAACUUUCUGGUUGACCGGAAGACAUUGUACAUUUGUUGAUAUUCAGUCGGAUACCUCUACGGAUUCUGGAAUCGAUGCCGACAAAAACCGACCGAAUUCUAGAGAUUCUGACAAAUCUCAGGAGGAUGCUAUCGUUGUCAUUGAAUCCGCAAAACAAUCGGUGGAACUAAAGAAAAAUAGUAAAUGGUUGAAUAAAGCGGUACAGCCUGACAAUUCAAAGCGAAAAUAUCCCGAAAAAUCAAACUCUCUGCGUCCAUCAAAGAAUAAUAGAAUUUCUCCAUUAAUUGAGGAAACAUCAGAACUCUGAGAAUGGCUUCUCCCUGCUCCAUUGCUACAGUUAUUAUUAACAGCAUGCAUGACAGAUUGCGCAUUUGUGGACCGUUUGUCACCGAAUGCACCGUUCAUGACCAGAAUUAGCUGUACAUGACCGCAUCUUGACGAAGUUCGCUAGAAACCACGGGGUUGUUUAAGACGUUUGUUUUUUAUACUCUGUCUACGUGAAUUCAACACUGAAGGUGUGUUUGAUUGCUGUGAAUAUAAGUCAUGAUUCUUUUCAGAUUCAGAAUCCAUACCUUUUGUUCCUAAAUUGGUUAAAAUCCGAAGCCAGAUAGGCCAAUAUCAAUCUGUUAAUCCACAUGGUGAUCUUAACUCGGCGGAUUCAAAUUAAUGGCGGUCGUUCACAUGUCGGUCCUCCGUGAAAUCAAAAUCAGCAUGGCUCGUAAAAAAAAAAAUGUCUAGUGAACUUAGAUUUGGAUUCUUCACAAUCAAACACCCCACUAAGAAAUCUCCUGUGUAUUCUAUCACCGCUUGGUGUCACGUUGACGAGAACUAUGCUUGGAUGCUUAAAGUCGAAUGUGUUACAGUGACAUAAAAGUAUCCAUAGCAAUAACAACGCGAAACGUUUACACUUUUCGUGUGGCAAAAAGAUUGUAUAUGUGGUUUCAUUAACGAUGCAUUAUGUAAGAUUUAGAUUAAGAGCUAGCCCCUCUUGCUAUGAUAGUUCAAAAAUAGAUAAUGCAAACUGAAUGUAUUUAAAAUUUCAUUCAAAUUACUUGUUAUUAAUGUUUGAAAUUUUGACAAAAAUGUGACAUAGAUUAUUCAUUAUCUAACUACGGUACUUGUCAUUCGAGACAUGUUUAAAUUAAAUCAUUAAAUGGCGAUCAUGUUUUAAUCCGUUUGAAUCUCCGCCAACCGAUAGUCUGGGGAGUUGAUUAUAGGCUUGCCAUGUUAAUAAAUGCCUAAAUAAUAGUUUAUAUAACAUUUGAAGCCAAGAUAUAGACCCGCAAUAGGUCGGUUUAGCUCUUACAUAAUGCAUCUUUAAUCACUGCCAUAAUUUUUUGACUUUUCAAAUCAAUAUCUGGGAAUAUCAUGCAUUGAUGUAAAUUAAUACUUACUGUUAAAUGUACAAACCCCCCACUUACAAACACAUUAAUCAAUCGUAAAACAUGGAUCCAGGAUUGUUAUAUUACUUUAGUGUCAGCCAUUUUGAUGGGUUAUAGAUUCUAUGGAGGUAUAUAUAUUAAUCAAUAUCGAUGAAAUAUAUUGUGCCUUUAGAUAUGAAGGUCUCCUCGUUUCCCUGUGGUGUCGGUAGAACUUGUUGCCUUUAAAUCUCCUUCAUAGAAAUAACAACAUAAAACAAUAAUUUUAAUCUUUUAAAGGACGCGACCUACUUCGUUUGGGUCAGAAAUAAAAGUGUCGAUUUAACUGAAUUUUAUGUUUAGUGUUUUCCUUCGCGCAUAAGCGAAUAUUGGGAUAUAUAACUAAAUUUGUUUUGAGCAGUUGAUCGGGUGGGUCGAAUAAGAAACUGAAAUUAGUAAACAGACAGCUAGCAUUAUCACAAUCUAAUUUUGUUUCACCUGCUUACUGAAAUUUCGUUUCGUCUUAUAUGGCCCAGUUAUGUAAAUGUGUGCGUUACCCUAUUAUUUAGAUUUUAACGGCUCCUGCCAAUCCGCUUAGCAGAAGGGGGGGGGGGGUAUUUUUAACAGCAUGAUGUAUCGCGCAUAAUGACUCUAGCAAGGUAAGCAAGGUCUUAUUUUCUCACUAAAAUGUUCCUUUACAUUGUAGAGGCGUUCUCUUGCGACUGACACGCGACCGUUUAGCAAAAAGUUGCCAAUUAAAAUUGACUGGGCUGGGGUUCGAAAGUUUUUCGACAAGGAUUCAACAGGGCGGUUCCCGAACGUACAGGGCGAGUGUAAUGAGACCUACGUUCAGAGCUGAACUAGUGCAGGGGUGCGGUUCUACCAAUAACAAAGGGUAAAUGAUCCCUUUUCUUUGAGGUUUUAAUGGUCUAUGAUGUUUUUCGCCCCGCCCCGCCCCGCGUACAGUAAUGCGCCUUUGUGGAUAGAUACACCCAUCCCACACCCGCCUCAUUACAAAACACACUGGAAGUAUUUUUUGGUAUAAAUUUAGAGUUUCCCAUUUGCAAUACAAACUCGAUUUCCGUGAUGCCUUUCAAGCAAUGUAUAGUGUGGAACCUCCAAUAUCGGAGGACAUUAUUGUAGUUCAAGAUAUCGCCCCUCCCACCGCCCCGCCACAGAUCGAGACUAGCCUGCCUACAAGCACACACUAGUACAAAUGUAUUCUGUACUUCUGAUUAAAUGCUAACCUAAUUAAUAAAUGAAAUGAACAUUCCUGUUAAUUGUUUUUUGUCAUGUUGAAAUGAACUUUAAACCUCGUCGAUUAAGUUGAUAGCUUUUGAAACGCACUCUUUCUUUGAUAAUUGCGUGACCAAUUACAACUAGAGGUCAAUACCAGAUAAAAAGCAGCUAUUGUAUAAAAGAGAAUCGCUGUAAACGAGAUAUUAUCAUGGAUUAGUUGGGCGAAACUCAAGUUCCUGGUAAAACCAGAAACUAAGUUUUGUUUACGUACGCGUUGGGCUUUUGGA